UUGUGAAUACAGACCUGAGGAGCAGGUAAUUAAAGCCUGGAGGGAUUCCCUGUCACACAACUCACAUUUUUCUCCUGGCUGAAUAUCGACGCCCUUACACAGGAGAUCUUUUGGGGAAAGAGUUCUUUUGGUCUCACCCUGUAGUUAUGUAAAUUUUAAAGUGAAUAGAAUGGGAGUGGCUAUGUUCCAGCCUAGACAAGGAAAUGAAAAGACAGGACUGAUUAAUAAAUGGGGGCAAACACUAGAGGUAUUUCAUCUGAACCCUGAUCCUCUUGUUUACAGACUUCACAGAGCACUUGGCCUGUUUGUUUUUCUCUCUGUGGUCUACAUCACUUCCAUUUCUCUGGCUGAUAUAAGGAGGUAAAAAUAAGGGACUAUAUACAGCAGGAUUUACUUUUCAACUUUAUUAACAGAAGGACCCAAAAUUGGCACAUUUGGAUAGUUUAUUACCAUUUUGGUGCCACCUUUAUUUGCUCAUUUUCUAGUGGAAAAGUUAACGGCCUCUGGUGGAAUGUGAUGGAGCAAGAAUACAACAUACCAGAAUGCACCAUUUGUUUUGCAACGUAUGAUAACAUCUUCAGGACCCCACUUUUACUACCAUGUGGUCAUACUUUCUGCAUGGAGUGCCUGUGCAAAAUGUGUGUCUUCCAGAAAGAACUAGAGACCUUCUGUUGCCCAAUGUGUAGGGCGCCAGUCAUUAUUCCACUAGGAGGAAUCCCUAAACUGCCGCCCAACAUGAACAUUGUAUCUCAGUUCCCGUCAUGGAUGGGCCAGUUGCAAGAUGUGUGGCUGGAGGGAUCCAAACUCUGCUGGAAAAAAGGAUAUGGCCAAACUUGUGUUACCAAUAACCAGAACUCAGUGUCCCACUACCCAGCACAACAAGAAGACAAUGUCAUCAUCACCAUUUAUCUAUUGGGCUCUUCACCAGUACCUUUUAAUCGUCCUGGAGACCUGGUCAUGAUAUCUCACCAACCGUACCACCAACGGUGUAAUUUCUUAUUUCAGAACUAUGGUUGUGUUGUAUGGAUCUUCAUCUGCUGCGUCAUAUUGCUCUUCUUCAUGGUCUUCUUUCCUAUGUACUUGCGCUUUUAAGACUCAUCUUCUUGACAACAGAAUUUUCAAGAUGAUAAUAUACAGUCCUUGAUGAUAUAUGAUAUAAUAUCAUCAAGGACUAGGGAGCAUUUCCAACCCUGUGUGUUAAUAUAUAUAUUAGUUUUUUUGUUUUUUAACCUGCACCCUAAACGAGGAGCCAACAGUGCACACAGUACUGCUUUGCUUAUUCCAAAGCUUGACAAAUCAUGAGGUCCAGGGAGCUAAGGCUCCUAGAAUUUUACUUCAGAUAUAUUUGUAUACAAACCCACUUGUCUGGCUUCCUAAACAUUGUUCUGCAGGCUUUUCAAUACGUUCCUUGGGUUAUACAUUUGUCGUCUUUACACAAUUCUUUUUGUUAUUUUGCUAAAUUCAUGUUAGGUAUAUUCAUUUCAUCUUUAAUACUUUUUUACGGACAGAAUUUGCAGUGUUUAAAUUGAUUAGAUCUUUCCAAUGCUUUAUCACAGAAUGGGUCUGAUUUAUUUCAUUCUUUGUAUUGCAAGGGUAGGAGCAGUUUUGUAUGUUGUGUGUAUGUGCCUGGCCAGGUAGCACGCCUUUGUUAGAUAAGAUUACCAGCUGAAUGUGUUGAUACGCCCACCCAUAAAGAUUCCAGCACACAACAGGGGCUAUAUUUGCAAUGCAUAAAAAAGAAGACAAAGGGUAAAGGGAAUACAGCUGAUUGAAUUAAAUGUCAGACCAAAUAACCCUAGGCAGCUGCCUAGUAACUUUAUAUGUAUACUGUAUAUGUGAGUAAAUGAAUAAAUGUUUUAUAACAAAUAUAUUGUGCUUUGUUAUAAUAAACAGCUUAUUUCUGUUUUA